AUGAAGGGCAAGUUAGCACAACUCGGUACCCUCGCGGCCGUAGUGCUUCCGUAUUGUUUUGCCACACUGUACCCCAUCCACACUAACCUACGACAAGAUGAGGAAGACAUGAUGUUACCCUACGACAAGGUGUCACUAGACGAUUGUCACAUGCGAAACUGGCGAGACGGUUUCAAAGGGUUGGUUGCUCCGGCCAACGGGAAACCUGCAUUGUUGCGCGAGUUCGCCCAUAUCGCUGCCAUUGGCUGGACGGAAGCCGACGGUAAGGUGGUGUGGGCCUGUGGAGGAUCACUCAUAUGGGAAAACUUCAUUCUCACCGCUGCACACUGUGUGGUUAACGAUGAAGGCGUUCCACCAGAUGUGGCACGGAUGGGCGAUCUGAACAUCUACAGUGACGAGGAUGACGAGUUCCCCCAGCAGAUACGCAUCGUGAAGAUCAUCCGUCAUCCGGAGCAUCACUUCAGCUCGCUGUACUACGAUGUGGCACUGCUGCAGCUCGAGAAAAACAUCACCGUGCACGAAACGGUCGCACCGGCCUGCCUCUGGCUAGAGGACGAGGUGCGCUUUCCAAGGUUGUUCUCCGCCGGCUGGGGCAUAACAGGUUUUGGUGAGGACAAAACUAAAAUACUCCUCAAGGUGGACCUGGCGCCGGUUAACAAAUCGGAGUGCUCGCGCUUCUACACAUCCGCAGAGCGUGGGCUGCGCAAUGGACUGCACGAGCAUCAUCUUUGUGCUGGGGACGAUCGAAUGGAUACGUGCCCGGGUGACUCUGGAGGUCCGCUGCACGUGAAACUGCUGCACAACGCCAAGAUGACACCGUUCCUCGUCGGUGUAACGUCGUUCGGGAAACCAUGCGGUCUAGCUUCACCGGGUGUGUACGUGAGAGUGUCCCGAUUCGUGGAUUGGAUCAUCGAAACGCUCCAAAAAGAGGGCGAACUGGCGACGAAAGAAAAGUUCGAACCGUGGUCCUGCGCCCUACGGUACGUGCACGUGCGCGAGUACGAGGACGACGUGAUCACGUCUAGAAGAAACAAUUACGAGUACUAUAACUCCGAUAACGCCCAUCUGGUGAGUGGUGACAGUCUGCAACGUGUGGAGAUACAAUGGCCGGAUUCUGUUGCACCGCGGCGAACCAACUGCUCAGGAACGCUUAUCGAACGGGAUGCGGUAGCGACGUUAGCCGAAUGCGCCUCACAUUUGGGGGUGACACCUUCUAGGGUGAUAUUUUCUAACGGAAGGUUCAUAAAUGUCAACAAAACCUUCGUGCACCCACGGUACAGCCCAGCGGAGGGUCGUUACUACAACAACAUUGCGAUUCUAAAGCUGGCCUUCCCGGCUACGAUUCUGCCGGCGUGUGUUUGGUACAACGAAUCCAUUCCAGCACCCGAAUUUGAGGUCAUUGGCAAAGGCCGUGCAGAUCUCACGCCAUACAAUUCAGAUAGAAUAGUGAAAACAUUGGAUCCUCGCAUUAUUGCGAUCUCUCCACGGGCCACCGUACGCUCCAAUCACGAGUGUCACCUAGCCGACCAGUACCGAGACUUGCUGGGGCAGGGACUUAAGGACGAGCACAUCUGCUUCCAGAACAAACUCUUCCUGGUACCGGCGACCUGCGAGCAAACGUACGGUGGUCCGAUCGAGCGGGAAAUAUGGCGUUUUGGUAAGUUCUUCAACUACGUCUAUGGUAUGAACCUGUUUGGUCGUGAUUGUGGCUUCGGUGAACCAGCUGUUGCCGUGCGGUUUGACGCACAUCGAGCCUGGCUCGAAUCGAUCCUGCUGCCGGAAGCGAUCACUCAGCGUAAAAGCACCGCAAACCGAUCCGAUCAGCUGGGAGUCAUCGAUUCCGAUCUGCAUCUUCACGAUUCGUGCCGGGGUGGAUCGGGCGUAUGCGUCUCGUUGCAAAACUGUGCGAAUCUUCACCAACUACACCCGCUUACGCUAUGCUCGAAUAGCAGCGUUGUGUGCUGUCCGCAGGAGAACGUAAAGAAGCCCCCAAGUGCGAUCGAGCGAGAGUUUAAUGAAUGCGCUGAUCGCUAUCGAUCGCUUCGAGUGCAGCGUCAGCAACAGUGGGAAGGUUUCCGGCCACUCAAGCAAAGAUUAUCCCACACCGUUGAAAUAGGCUGGGAAAGUGGUUCGGAAAUUUCGUUCCGUUGUUUCGGAUACCUUAUCAGCACGCGCGGAAUCGUGGCGGCCGCUUCGUGUGUGACAUCGAGAGAGUUCGACCCUAGCAUCGUACGGUUGGGUGGCCUGUGGUCCACCACAGAACCGGAUAUUGUUCUCAUGACCAUCGACAGUGUAGAGAUCCAUCCGGGGUUCGAUGAAAAAACGUUCGCACAUAAUAUCGCCCUGCUGAAGCUUAACUCGCCCGUAGAACCAACUGUGACCGCUUUUCCGGGGUGUUUGUGGCAAAACGCGACCCACAGUCCGGUGGAAACUGAGGUGCUCUCUACUGAAAAUUUCGAGCCCAUCUUUCCGGUGUAUCUGAGGGAUUGUAACGCGCGCUUUGUUAGACCGUUCACAAACACGAACAUGAUAUGUAUGAUCCCUAAUGCGUUUAAGGAUGUCUGCUACAGGCCGGGAUCUCCCAUCGUGUGGAAGAAGGUCGAAGAGGAAAAUCUCUACACCGAAUACCUGGUCAACAUCUACAGCCACGGAGCGUGUAAUGCUACCUCACUGCGCAUAGUGCACCGUGUCGCGUCGUACAUCGAUUGGUUUAAGGAGGUGCUUAAGUAAGCCUUUGAUAGUUAUGUAUGUGAUUUGAUUCAAAGAAUUGUAAUUAUGAAUAUGAACUAAAAGUUCUGUC